AUUGCUACCAUACCGCAACUCAAAUUAAAUUGCAUAGUUUCUGCAAUUGCGUCCCAAAAUUUGAUUCUGAUGGCACUUCAUCAGCUUCUAGUGUUCAUGAUUCUCCUCUUUGGGAGCUCAUUGAGGCUGCUAGAAUCAGUCACAGGUAGUAAAAGGAUCGUAGGGUAUCAGACUGAUCGACUUGCUUUGCUGGACUUUAAGAAUCAAAUUGAUGAUGAUCCAUACGGAACAUUAAGUUCUUGGAAUGAUUCCAUCCAUUUCUGCAACUGGGUAGGGAUAGAAUGCGGUCAUCGUCAUCAACAACGGGUUACCAGGUUAGUUUUAGAAGGGCAUGGCUUGGGAGGUAACAUAUCUCCUUCUAUUGGGAACCUCACUUUUCUUCAUUUCUUUAGCAUUGCAAACAAUAGCUUCCAUGGUAAAAUCCCCCAAGAAAUUGGUAAUUUGUUUCGAUUACAAGUCAUUGGUUUUCUAAACAAUACUCUCGAAGGAGAACUUCCAAUCAGCUUGGCCAACUGCACUCAUCUAAGGAUAAUUGAUUUCUCCUAUAACAAUCUUGUUGGGAAGAUUCCGAUCGAACUAUUUAAGUCUUUGUCAAAGCUGGAGAUAAUUUAUAUUUAUAGUAAUGGCUUAACAGGAGAAAUACCAGCUUCUUUUGGGAACAUUUCUUCUCUUCAAGCUAUCUCUUUGGCUGAAAAUAGUCUACAGGGGAGAAUUCCAGAAUCUUUUGGUCAGUUAACAAACCUAAUCUUUCUAGCACUUCAUCAAAACAAGCUCUCUGGUAUGUUCCCUGUCUCAUUAUAUAACCUCUCAUCUCUUGAAAUUAUUUCUCUCCCAGAAAACCAACUCCAUGGAAGUCUUCCACAAGACAUAGGCCUCACUCUUCCUAAACUCCGACAUCUAGAAAUUGGAGCAAACCUUUUCUCAGGGAGCAUUCCAAGUUCCAUUUCAAAUAUUUCAACACUUGAAAUAAUUGAUCUUGGUGACAACAGUUUUAUUGGACCAGUCCCUAAAAGCUUAGGAGAUCUUCAAAAUCUUCGAGAAUUCUUAAUUGGUGGAAAUCAAUUUGGAACAGGGGAAGUUGAUGAUUUCGAUCUUGUGAAUUAUUUGAUCAAUGGUACACGUCUAGAGAUUUUGGACAUACAAGAUAAUGAUUUUAAGGGUCCCCUUCCCGACUUUAAAGCCAAUUUCUCAACACAGCUCUUAAUGUUUUUUUUGGGAUGGAAUCAAAUAUCUGGAACCAUUCCUGUUGGGAUUGAGAAUCUUGUCAACUUAACCUUAUUGAGCAUGGAGCAGAACUUUCUCGAAGGUAAUAUUCCAUCUAGUAUAGGAAAACUGUCGAGGCUUCAAAGAUUAUUCUUGGGUGGAAAUAUGCUUUCAGGACACAUACCUUCUUCUAUAGGAAAUCUCACUCUUUUAUAUGAACUACAUUUAGAUGCCAACAGCUUGUAUGGAAGCAUUCCUUCCAACAUUGGAAAUUGUCAAAAGUUACAGUACCUAUCCCUUUCUAAUAAUAGCCUCCAAGGCUCAAUACCUGUACAACUCUUUCUUAUUUCCUUCUUAUCAAUAACUCCCAACUUAUUUUACAAUUCUCUGGUCGGUUCUCUACCAACGGAAAUCGGUAACUUAAAAAGUCUUUCUACAUUGGAUAUCUCCAAAAACAAAUUAUCUGGUAAAAUCCCCUCCUCCAUUGGUGAUUGUAAUAGUUUGGAAUAUCUCUAUAUGUGGGGUAAUUUUUUUGAAGGAACCAUUCCUCAAACUUUGACUCUUCUGAAGGGGCUUCAAGUUUUAGAUCUCUCACACAACAACUUAUCAGGACAAAUUCCAACAGAUCUUGACAAACUUGUAGCAAUGCAGAGUUUGAAUUUAUCCUUUAAUAAUCUUGAAGGGGAGGUACCAAAUAAAGGAAUCUUUAGAAAUGCAAGUGCAAUUUUAGUGAAUGGAAAUGAUAAUCUUUGUGGAGGAAUUAUAGAGUUAAAACUGCCUGCAUGCACAAACCAUGGAUCUAUGAAGAGAAAAAAGUUCAGUGCUUUUAGAAUGAUUUUGUCAAUAAUAGGUGUGAUUCUUGGUUUUCUUUUGCUAUCUUCCUUUCUUACUCUUUAUUGGAUUAAGAAAUCGAAAAGUAAACCUCCAUCCACAUCAUUAAUUGGUGACAUAUUCUUAAAUCUUUCUUACAAAGAGCUCUUUCAAGCCACUAGAGGAUUUUCUUCAGAGAAUUUCAUAGGCUCAGGUAGUUUUGGCUCUGUAUACAAAGGGAUUAUCGACCAAGAUGAAACAAUUGUCGCAGUCAAGGUACUCAAUCUUCAAAAUCCAAGAGUUUGCAAGAGUUUUAUGGCUGAAUGCAAAACAUUAAGAAACAUUCGACAUCGUAAUAUUGUCAAGAUUUUAACUUCAUGUUCUAGUCUUGAUUCAAAAGGUGAAGAUUUCAAAGCCCUUGUUUAUCAGUUCAUGCCCAAUGGGAGUCUAGAUGAUUGGUUGCAUCUGCCAAUGGAGGCACAUAAUCAUUCAAGGAAUUUAAGCCUUUAUCAAAGAUUAAACAUCGCAAUUGAUGUGGCUUCUGCAUUGGUUUACUUUCAUUACAACAGUCAUGUGCCAAUUGUUCAUUGUGACUUGAAGCCAAGCAAUGUUCUACUUGAUAGCAAUAUGAUUGCACAUGUCAGUGAUUUUGGUUUGGCGAGGUUACUUUUAGGACCUAACGACAAUUCAUCCCAUACUCAAACUAGUACCAUUGGGAUAAAAGGAUCCAUUGGCUAUGUUGCUCCAGAGUAUGGCAUGGGUGGAAGGGCAACUGUAGAAGGGGACAUGUUUAGCUAUGGGAUUCUUUUAUUGGAGAUGUUCACAGGAAAAAGGCCAACAGAUCAUAUGUUUGGUGGUGAUUUAAAUCUCCAUAACUUUGCAAAGGCAGCUUUACCUGUACACGUGAUGCAGAUUUUAGAUCCAACACUUUUACUCAAGGAAGAACAAAGUGAAGAAAUUAAAGAGGAUGCAAUCAACAGAGCUGAAAGUCCUAGUCAUAUGACAGAUAAAUUGCAAGAUUUCAUGAUGCUAAUAAUUGAACUCGCACUUCAAUGCUCCAUGGAAUCGCCAAGAGAACGUAUGAACAUGAACGAUAUGGUGAGAGAUCUACAAUUAAUCAAAAAGAAAUUUUUUUGAAGCAAGAAUUUAUCAAUACUGAGCAACAACAUUCAAUUAGAAGGUGAUUCUCAAUGUAUUACUUUUGAAGUUA